CCGCCGCCGCCGCCGCCAUGGCGGAGCGGAGCCGCGGCGCUCGGCGGCGGCUGCUGCUGCUGCUGCUGCUCCUGGCUGGCUCCUACGCCAGCCCGGCCGAGGAGGGCGGCGGGCGGCGGGAGGCGGGCGGCGGGGAGCACGGCGAGGACGCGGCGCGGCACCCGACCUCGUACGGCACCUUCGCCAGCGGGUUCCACGACCUGCGCUACCUCCGAGGAGGUUACCCUUUCCCUACUGCUCCUCCUGUGGAUCCCUUUGCAAAAAUCAGAGUGGAUGACUGUGGAAAAACCAAGGGAUGCUUCAGGUAUGGUAAACCUGGAUGUAAUGCGGAGACUUGUGACUACUUUCUAAGUUACCGUAGAAUAGGAGCUGACGUGGAAUUUGAGUUGAGUGCCGAUACUGAUGGCUGGGUGGCAGUGGGAUUUUCCUCAGACAAGAAGAUGGGAGGAGAUGAUGUCAUGGCUUGUGUUCAUGAUGACAACGGAAGAGUCCGAAUACAGCACUUCUAUAAUGUCGGUCAGUGGGCUAAGGAAAUCCAGAGAAAUCCUGCUAGAGAUGAGGAAGGGGUUUUUGAAAACAAUCGUGUAACAUGUCGAUUCAAGCGUCCUGUGUAUGUUCCCCGAGAGGAAACCAUCGUAGAUCUGCACUUGAGUUGGUACUAUCUGUUUGCUUGGGGUCCAGCAAUCCAGGGUUCUAUAACUCGUCAUGAUAUAGACUCACCACCUGUAUCAGAACGUGUUGUCAGUAUUUACAAAUAUGAAGAUAUUUUCAUGCCAUCAGCUGCCUAUCAGACCUUCUCUUCUCCAUUCUGCUUGCUCCUCAUUGUUGCACUGACCUUCUAUUUAUUGAUGGGAACCCCAUGACCAAUGGAAAAUAGCAAGAAUUUGUCGCUGGAAGUUUCUCAGGAUGGACGGCUAUAUGGAUGGCUGAUGCAUUUUUCUAUUGGAAUUUAUAUCACAGCACCAUCCUCAUCUAGGUGAUUUUGAACAUAGUUAGCUUCUCAGAAGAAUGAAAUAACCAUCUCCUUUGAGUGGCAGAGUGGUGACAAAUCAUUUAAGAAUAAUCAGCAAACACAUAGGAGAAUAUUUUCAGUGUUGUGAUUACUUGCUUAAAGAAAAUGACACUUUUGUAAAAUCAAUGUGUGUGUGUGUGUGUAUGUAUGUAUGAGAGGGGUGCCUGUAUGUGUGUUUAGGUGAAUUUAGUGAUGAACAUCUUAUCAAAUAACAAAAUUGCCUUCCAAAUUGCUUCGAAAAAGCAAAUUUAGGAAAACAUUGUAAUGCUGUUUGGUACUUCUGGAGCAGAGAGCACAACUCCAAGUGCAGUUUUGGAUGUUAAGAUCCAGAUAGCAACACAGCAAUAUAAAACCUGCCCUCAGUAGUGGACAGUUCUCCCAAUUUUUUAAUUUUUUUAAAAUAUUUAUGAAGGAUCACUUGCUGUGGUAGUUUUCAAAACUAAAUUUAAAUAUUCAAGCAUUAGCACAAUUUUUUUUUCAAUGGAAAAGAGGUGAUGAAUGUCUUUUAUUUGUUUCAACAGCCUUUUUGAAAAAAAUGGCUACUUCUUAUAAGAGUGAGAUACAAAGUCAUUUAAACAAGGGGAAGGGAGAAUACAGCAGUAUAAAUUCUCCAUGCAUAGGAAAAGCAGGUGUAAAACAUGCAGAAUAUAGAAGUUCCCAACAAGCCAUAGGUUGUCUUCCCAGUAGACUAGAUCAGUUUUUCUCUUUUUAUGAAAAAACAGUAAUUUUGCUGACAUGUAAAUACGUUUUUUAAGUAGUUGUGCGGUAAUAUGAAGUAAUCUGGUUUUCUGUGUUGUAUACCUCUAUAUCCUGUUCAUGUUAAAGGUGACUAUAGUCAACUGGUGUUAACUUACAAAGAAACAGAAAUAUAAUGAGAUUAUUUCUAAGGAAAGACAGUGGUUAAUAAGAAGAGCAGUAUCUUUAGUUCAUCAAACCUUGGCUGAGAUAUAGUUACUGUGGAAAAAGAUGAGCUAAAGAGGAAAUACAUUAGACUUUUUUAUCAUAUAUAAAUAUUCCAAGAUGAAUGCUAAAUAUUACAGAAAUGGAAAGUGUCAAAAUGCAUUUAUAACCCACAGAAUAUUAUGAAAAACUUUGAGUGGAGAGUUUCUGUUCUUCAUGUAAUAGGAGGUGUACGACAUGUGCCUACAUGCAGCAGUCAAAUGUGCUUAGAAAAGGUUACGCAUUCACUUUCCAACUCAUGUUAAAAUUCUAUUUAAAUAGAAUUAAAAUAUAAAUAGUACCAAAGUUUGAUCUAAUGGGGUACGCUUGAGGACUCUGUAACACAGGACCUGGUAAAGUAUGUGAUGGAACUCCUUUCUAUUCUCAUUACUGCACAGAAUAUAAAAUGAUUAAUUAGCUUUGCUUGGUUCACAGUGUUAUUCACAGGCUGAUGUUUAUAAACUUGUUUUUUUAGGCUCAUAGUUCUUCAAACCGAUGCUUAGGGUAUAUGAAUUAGAUUGAAAAUUAAUUUGUCUUCAUAACAAACACUUUAUCCCUAUUUCAACAGAAAGAUUGAUUAGUAUUUUAUAUUUUUAUUGUUGUCUUAAAGGAUUUGUUCACUUAAAAUUACUGGACUAGAUCUCAGGAGAGGGAAGAAAAAUUCAGAAUGAAGUGAACUUUAGAAGUGUGUAUACUUUAUUUAGUGUAAAUUGCUUCUCUCAAGUUGGUUAGCUUACUCAUCAUCUGAUGAAGAGUACAGUGGAGUCCACCUAACGAGGAAGGAAUGCUUUGGUCCACAACAACUAUGUAAUUCAGCCUUAAGAUUGGGUGGAGCAGAUAAGCCAAAGCCUGGAGAAUCAGCUUUACAUUCAGCAACCAGUUGAAGUGACGAAAUCAUUAGGGAAAGUUCUUUCUGCAUUGUGCUGAUUUGUAGGCAGCUGAGAUACUGCAGUUCUUUCUCAGAGCCUCAGGGUUGCUUUAGUCUAUGGCCUUGUAUUUGCUAUUUUAGUUUCAACCAUUUACCUGAUUACCCACUAAAGGGCUAAUUUGUUAAUUUAAAUGUACUGAAGUAGGAUAGAAACCCAUUUUGGUUCCUCUUUUCUGUCAUUAUAUUUUUCUCUUGUUGAAGUAUUAGCAGAAAGGUGCUCUUCUGUAAAAACUUUCACCCAAGCUUCAAAGUACUUAAUUAGCCUAAUAAAGUAUUUCUAAUCAAAAGGGAGGAAAUAAAAGGCCACAGCAAGCAGCAAAGCAAUCUGUUAUUUGGCAUUUCAGCUGAUGGUUCAGUUUGGCCCUGAGUUUGUCUGAGAGUUGCCCUUCAGAGCAGGAAAAUCAAGAAUAUGAAAUUCAAGUUGACAAACAAAGAAAUUCUGGGUGUUUAGAACUUACUAGUUAAGAUGAAAUCUGAGAAGAAAAAGGGCAUAAGAGAAAUAAAAGGUCUUUAGGUCAGGGAUGUUUAACUAUGGAUGAUUCUUGGUAAAUCAACAUUUGAGUGGGCAUAGUAACUUGUCAUGGGGGGGGGGAUUUUGUAUUUUUUUGUUGUUUUGUAUUUUUUUUUUUUUUAAUUUUGAAAAGCAGGAUUGAUCCCUGUUAACCAAAGUGAUGGUCUUCUAAGAAAAUUUUAGGUGAUCAUGGCAUUUCAAGUAGGUUUUUUUAAUUUUUUUUCCUAAUUGAUGGGUACCAACACAAACUAGAAGAAAAGGCCUGCUUUGGAAAAGGAGGCAGACAUUUCCAUCUCCAAGUAAUUUUUACUUUCUUAAGUGUGAUUACUAGCAAACAACUGUUAAAGAAUACAUUUCUAAAGUGCUUUGAGACUUACUUGCAGAGUGGCCUAAUACAGAGGCUGGAAUCAAAUAAAUAUGUAUAUUUAUUCGGUAUAGGUGAGUUGCUAAUUAAUUUUUCCCCCCUCAAAAAAAAAAAAAGCCUAUCUCAUUUGAUAAUAUUAUUGGAUACAGGGUGAUGCUAUCUUCAAAAUUCUAUUAUUACAAGGGAAAUAACUCUGAUUUUGAAAGAUAACAUAUUAAUGAGAAGUGUUUGAAAUCCCUCUGUGGCGUUCAUGUCUUUGAUUGGUUUUGCAAUACUUGGAUAGCAAGAAAAUUAACAUUUGUGGCCUCCGUAACCUGAGGAAAAGCCCAGAUUGGGUUAAAUGUUUUCAAAGCUGUGUUGGGCACUGGCUUUCCCAGACUUCAGCACAGGGAUUAAAGUAUGGUGUACAUCAGCAGUAUUGAAGCUCACUUAGGGCACCAUAUCCUGGGUCUGAACCAAAAAGAAGAGCCUUUCAUAUACUAAAUGUCUACUACAAAACGGAAAUAACAAACAGCAUGACCCAUCCUGCACCAAAUCUCUUAAAUAUGCAUAUCUUCUUGUUGACAAGCAGCUCAACAUGAUCUGGCAAUGUGCACUUGCAACCCAGAAAGCCGACCGUAUCCUGGGCUGCAUCGUAAGAAAUGUGAGUAGCGGGUCAAAGGAAGUGAUUUUGCCCCUCUGCUCUCCUGAUACCCCACCUGGAGUACUGCAUCCAGCUCUGGGGCCCCCAACACAAGAAGGAUGUGGACCUGUUGGAAUGAGUCUAGAGGAGGGCCACUAAGGUGAUGAGAGGACUGGAACACCUCUCCUAUGAAGGUGGGCUGAGAGAGUUGGGGUUGUUCAGCCUGGAGAUGAGAAGGUUCUGGGGACACCUUAGAGCAGCCUUCCAGGCUGUAAAGGAGUUAGUAGGUAAAGGAGGACUGGCACACAUCUGUCUUCAUGAUUUUCCAUGUCACAAUUAGACAUCUGUGUUGUUGAUGAUACUCAGUUAUUCGUAAGUAAACGACUGCUAUAAGUUUAUGGGAAGAUGCAGGUCUCUCUGUUUGAUUCUGUCUUCUCCUUACUUUCUCAUACCUCCAAUGCAUUUUACUAAGAAGAAAUUAUUCUUGUUUUAGAGAACAGACCCUCUCUCUGCUCUUUCAGGUCUUUUCUGGGUCCAAUGGAAGUUUGCACCCUGCAGUACUUUAGAGGUAGAAUUCAAGUUUAUAUGCAAAUUACAAAACUUCUAUUAGCAUUUAAACUGCAUUUGGUGAUUCUGUGGUUUCAUUGGUUUGCAACGCUGCUGUGCAGCAGAUGUACUUCCCACACACACUUUUUUUAACAACUCCAAAUAGUUUCCCCAAGAAAAGUAUUUGGUAAGAGCUUUAGAAGAAGGAAAUGUGUAUUUCAGAGAAUUACAAAAGGUCUAAUAUCACUUGUUUUCAGAGGUAACUUUGGAGUGUUAGUAUUUUAUACAAAGUAGGACUUUGUAUUGAGCCUUAGAUUUAUGACAGAAGCACAUUUAUGAUAGAAACACGUUUAAAUAUUACUGUGUUUCAGUGCUUCAUGGAGCUGUGGAUAUGCAUAACUUUCAUGAAUUGACAUGAUAUGUUUCAACCUUGACUCCACAGCAUGUAAUGAAACUGGCAAAGCAGUUUGAUUGAAUGCUACACAGACAGGCAGUGGUGACAUCAAAUAGUUUGGAACAGAAGAAUGGAGAGACUGGAAGUAAGGGUGACUGACAAGAAAGGGCUAAUGGUUUUGGCAUACUUUCUAUUUUUGUACGAGUUUACAUGUGGCAGAGCCUGUGUGACACUCUUUAUCACAAGCAAAUAUUACUUUAUAUGAUGAGAAGGAACAGAGUCUGGUCUGACUUCAGUGAGAGUUUAGCUUCUGUGUGGGUCUGAGCUGUGUAAGGACUGAUGUGGGCAUCAGGUCAGACUAUACCACAAGAUGUCUACUCCCAUCAACCGAGGUAAGAGCUAGAGGCUUGAUCGUGCCCUCAGAGGUGUGAAAACCUGUCAAGACCCCGUAGGCAGUCAUGACAGUCGGCUGCAGUGGGGAGUACCUGCUCAGUUUGUAAAAUGGCCAGUGAGCAGGUACUCCCUGCUUGCUGCAGUUUAAAUAUCAAAAGAUGGGGGCUCCAUAUAUUUUCUUAACAGUUUUCACUGUACAUUAUCUAAUUCCUCUAAUAAAAAUUUCAUUAUUAGUAUUUCUGUAGCAGAGUGUUAGGACAGCUGUUCACCAAACUGCCCAGGACAGAUAUGGAUCUAACUGGGAGGUUUUAAAAACAAUCUCAAUUUCCUGUGUACAAAAAUCAAUAAAAAGAAAAAUUUUUCUUACUAUAUGUCAACUUUUCACAUUUUUUUUUCAUAUCUAGUUAUUUCUAUGCAAUUUUUAUGUCUAGGUAUAGAGUAAGAUAUAGGUAAGCCUUGCUUUGCCAAAGUUCUCUUAUUAGUAUGAAAUAAUCACUUUGGUACCUUCCCUUUUUUUUUAUUUUCAAUGUGGGUUUGGUAAAAUUAAGUAUGCUUGAACCUGGUUAUUUAACUUGUCUAAUUUGGGCUUAGAUAGUGAGGCAAAAGCAGUGUAAUUUUGAAAUGUCGAGGAGGAUGUGUGCAGCUUGUGGAGUUGAUAGGUGUGAAAAUGCAGACUUAAAGAUAUGACUUGCUUUGAAAAUCUGUGUUAUGCCUUAGCAAUAGCAAUGAAUCUGCUGUAAGGGAAGGGGCAGAUUUAUUUUUUUCCUUGGAUGGCUAAGUAAUUUGAAUCGCACUCAUAGACUAAUUCUACAUCUCAGUUUGGAAGGAACCCAUAAGGAUCUUAGAGUCCAACUCCUUGCUCUUCACAGGAUUGCCUAAAACUAAACCAUAUGUUUAAGAGAAUCAUUUAGAUGCUCCUUGAACUCUGACAGGCUUGGUGCCAUGAUCUCUUCCCUGCAGAGCCCAUUCAGUCACCAGACAUCCUCUCAAAGAAGAACUUUUUCCUAAUGCCCCAUCUGAACUUCCUCUGACAGUAGUUUCAUAGACAUCCACAACUGUUGCUUUCACCCUCUUUCUGUGUUUCUUAUCAGUAGGAAUGUUCUUUCAAACCAGUGUGAGGUUGGAAUACGUGCAGGACUUCACAGCCCCUAUCUUAGAAGAGUUGCUGCUCCAUAUAGGCUCAUCUUGAUCUGCAAUUAGAGGCUGUUUAGGAAUGUCCUUAAAAGGUGAACUUUUACAUGUCAUUCUUAAGAAAUUUGCUGUAAAGGUGUUGAGCUCUUUAUAGACUAGAGCAUUACAGAAUUACCAGUACUUUUCUGAGCUGUUUCUAAAUUAUAUGUACUCAAAUUCAUAUUUACAUUUUUAAAGAAGUAAUUGGAUUUUUCAAAAGUGCUGAGCAGCUGCAAAUCUUUUAUGGCUCCAAUGCUUACUCAGGGCAGUGAACAUUUUAUGGCAACUAGUGAUUGCAAUGUGCUGCCUAAUUUAGUUUCACAUUGCUCUCUUAGUUUUUACAUAAUUCAGUUCAUUUUCAUAAGAUGGUGCUGGUAGGAGACUAAAUAACUCACUUAGGUUGUGGGCCGAGGAAUAAAAAUAUUCCUGCUGAUUUUUCACAACAGUGAUCUGCAAAGUUCAGAUUAAUGAAAAAUAAUCUUCACAGAAUUAAUAUUUAGGCAAUGUGAUUUUGCUGAAGGUAUUUGUGUGUGUGUGUAAAGUCUGAAAAUUAUACAAGAAAGCCUAAAAAGGGUAGAUUCUGCACUGGAGACAAGACAAAACACAGAAUCCUACAUAUUCCCUGGCUCCUAGCUGAUUUUGGGGAGGCAGAAUGAUCCAGAAAAAUAUUUAUAAACCUGAUAUUUUACUUGUGUGGAUAUUAUGUUUGCAGUUCUUAUAUACUAACCUUCCUUCACUUUCUUCAGUACAGAAAUUAGCCUUACAUUAGUCUUAUUGCAGUAUUAUUUUCACUUUUUUUUCCAAAUAAGAUGAAACAAGGAUAAGUUCUGUAAGUCAUGAGAAUAUUGUCAUACAGAAUAUUAGUAUAAUAGGAAAGGAAGUAUAGAUGCCAUAGUUAAACCUAAGAGGGAAAAUUGGAAAAAUUCUUGUUAUUUAACUACAGAAUAUGAUAUCUGCUUCUGAAAUACUUGGCUGCUCCCAUAUAAAGCAGUGAUUUCUUUUUCAGUUUUUCACAGUUGGCGACAUGAAACAAGGAAUAAACAUUGAAAUAGAAAAAACUACCACAAUAGAUUUCUUUUAAAGCUAGAAGUAUCACUCAGGUCUUGAAAUAGAGAGUCAAAGAUUAAAUUCCAAACCUAUUAGAAAAGUGAAAUGGUGGGACCCUGACAUUUGUGUGUGAUAUUCCCAGCCUUUAUUUAGAAAGAUAUAUUUUGUUAGCAUAUUUGAAGUAUCAUGAAUUCUGUUUAGGUUAAAACAGAUGCCUGGUAUGCCUUGGCAUUUCUGAUUUAUAUAUCCUGAGAUCUGGUUUGCUUUAACCUCCCUGCAAGUAAGCAGGUUGUCGUAACUGCGUGAACUCUUGCCACUUGUUUUGUAUUACAUGAAGUGUAACAACUGAACCUGAAAUGCUGUUUCUACCUUUUGACUUUGUUCAGCGUUCUCAAGAUCAGUAUACAGAUGAAACGUACAAAUAAGCAACCUGUAAUUAUAGUGUUAUGUGGUGUUCUGCACUCUACGCUGGGCACUGUUCUGUGUGCCAAUACCCACCAUCCGUGUGAAGUCAGUGAGCAUUUGGUUGGGUAGGAGCACAGAAUGGAGGUUUUGUAGUCCAGAAGAAAUGGCCAAACUUCUUUGUAUUUAUGCUCUAGUCUUUUCAGAAAAAAUAACACUGGAUGAAUACAUAAUGAAAUUGCUGUGAUCUACGGGACUACUUCACAGUCAGUGCAUGCCCUAAAGUAUUGCUUUGUAACAUCUGUUUUAUACUAAAUGUUGGUGUUCAAGUGAGCCUUGUUAGCUAUUUGACAGUGACAGACAACAAUAUUUAUAAAACUGUUAUAAUAAAUGCCUUUUUAGUCUAAGAAAA